UUUCUUCUUGGAAAGCCUGAUCUUUCACCAGAUGGCAGUAACAUUUGAAGAUGUGACUAUUACUUUUACUUUGGAUGGGUGGAAAUUCCUGGAUUCUUUCCCAAAAUACUCUACGGGAAGGUUGUGUGGGAACUACACAAAUAUCCUGUCAGUAGAUAACCUGAAUGAGAACUACAAAUCACAAGAAGAAAUACUCAAAUACUUAAAAUAUGAAAAUAUUCCUUGCUGGCAAGGCUGGAGGAAUGCGGGCAUUCAGAUACAUGAGUCAGAACUAUGAGGAAAGCAUUUAAGAGGGAUAUUUCAAAGGCCUUCCCAGUGUCAAGAGUUGUUAAUUUUCUCCACAGAAGCAUUAGACAAUGGGAACUAUGAACUGACUUCUGAAGGCAAAAACUCCAGUAACUUAAAAUAUAAAAGGUAUAUACCUUGGCAGUCCUUAAAUACACAACAUAAUCAAGACUACUCUAAAUCCCCAGCCCCCCAUGGUUUUCAAGGGGACCAAUACCAUCUCAGUAUGCGCAAGAAAAAUAUUCUCAUGGAGAAAAACAAGAGGCUCAUAGUUCAGCACUUUUAUAUCCCAGUGGAAGAAGCCCUUCCAGAGUACAUUGGGGAGAUAUGCCAAAACAACCACCGAAAGACUAUGGAAGAAAAAUACUGUGGAUAUAAUAAACGUAAAGUUUAUUUUUAGAACUCACAGUAUGUUCGCCACAGGAAAAACCAUCUUGGAGAAAAGCUCUGUCAACAUUUGGUCAGCACAGCGUGCUUUCAGAGAUCAGAUUUAUACAGGCACCCAAGAGUCCACACAAGGAAGGAGCUGUGUCAAUGUGAUGAAGUUGGCAGUAAUAGUCAGAGCUCAGGAGUUCACUUCCAUCAGAAGGUCUGUGCAGAGGAAAUACCUUCUAUCGGUAAUGCAUGUGGUCAGAGCUUUAGUCAGAUCUCUUGUCUUCACAAUCAUCAAAGAGCCCACAAAAUGAAGCUGUGUAAGUUACAGUGUGACAAAGACUUUGGUAGAAAAUCAUUACUAUGCAUUCAGAAGAGACUUCACAUAGGAGAGAAGCCUUUUACGUGUGAUCAGUGUAGUAACUUUUAGAGUUCAGUACUUCCUGCUCAGCAGAGAGUCCGCACAGGAGAAGAACUAUGUAAGUGUGAUGAGUGCGGUAAGGGCUUCAGUCAGAGCUCAGAUACUUGAAUUCAUCAAUGAGUACACAGAGGGCAGAAGUCCUACAAAUGUGAGGACUAUGGUAAGUGCUUUACCCGGUGCUCAAAUUUUCAAAUUCAUCAGAGGCCGCGCACAGGAGAGAAGCCUUACAAAUGUCAUGACUGUGGGAAGGGCUUUGGUCGCAGCUCAGACCUACGAAAUCACCAGAGGAUCCACAUGGGGAAACCCUACACUUGUCAUAAGUGUGGGAAGAGCUUCAGCAAGGGUUCAGAGCUUCACACUCGUUAGUACACACUGGAGAGAAACUAUAAAUGUGAGGAGUGUGCAAAGGGAUUCAGCCAGUGAUUGCAUCUUCUCAUUCAUCAGAGCAUGCACACUGGAGAAAAACCCUCUAAGUGUGGUGAUUGUGGAAAAGGCUCUAGUCACAGCUCUGAUCUUGUCCAUUAGAGGGUCGUGUAGGAGAGAAGCCUUAGCAGUAUGUAAAGUGGUAAAGGUUUCAGUCAUCACAGCUCAGCUGUUCAGAUUCAUCAGAGAGUCCAUAUAGGAGAAAAAAAUUAUAAAUUCCAUGACUAUUAUAAGGGAUUUGAUCAGAAUUCAUAUUGUCACAAUAAUCAUGGAAGAGAAACCUUGCAAAUCAUGCUCAUUUAGUUAAUAGCUUAAACAAAUCUGAACCUUUAAACUCAGUAAGUGCUGCUGGAAAAGAAAGCUUGUGAGAAACACAAGUAAUCCCAAGCAACAAGGUUUCUCCUCUUCAAGAGGAGAUCAUUAGGAGGAUUAAAAGAUACUUAAAGUAUAUUUUAUGUACUGUAUGUAUUAUACAUAGUCAAAAAUAUAUAAAA